AACUUCUGGAUUAAAAAAAAAAAAAAAAAAAAACACCAACGAUUAUAGCAUUAUAGCAAGUCUGGCUGGAAUUUAAGGAACUUUUCUACAGAGAGAUUCAAAGAGCGAAGUAUAAUGGCAGUUAUGGCUCCAAUUUUACACAGUGAUUAUACAGAACAGGAGCAGUAUGUUAAAAACCCUCACCUGGACCACAUGGAGGAAGACAUCCUCUACCAUUUUAACCUGGGCACCAAGACCCACAACCUGCCUGCCAUGUUCGGAGACAUCAAGUUUGUGUGUGUGGGAGGCAGUGCCAACAGAAUGAGAUCUUUCGCUCAGUUCAUCCAUCAGCAGCUGGAGCUCCCGGGGAACGCAGAUGAUAUCAGAGAUAUCUGUGAAGGGACUGACCGCUACGCUAUGUACAAAGUGGGACCUGUGCUUUCCAUCAGUCAUGGUAUGGGUGUGCCGUCUAUCUCCAUAAUGCUGCAUGAACUCAUCAAGCUCUUGUACCACGCCCACUGCCGUGAUGUCAUGCUGUUCCGCAUCGGCACCUCAGGAGGCAUCGGUCUUCCUCCAGGCACGGUGGUGAUCACUGAUAAAGCAAUGGACUCUUUCUUCAGGCCGCAGUUUGAGCAGGUGGUUCUGGGUAAAGUGAUCACCAGGAGCACUGAGCUGGACAAAGACUUGGCUGAAGAGCUCCUGCAGUGUUCCACUGAGCUGCUCAACCUCCCCACCAUCGUCGGCAACACCAUGUGCACACACGACUUCUACGAAGGCCAGGGCAGACUGGACGGUGCCCUGUGCUCAUUCUCCACCGAGGAGAAGCUGGAGUAUCUGAGGAAGGCUCAUGAGGCCGGCAUCAGGAACAUUGAAAUGGAGUCCAGUGUCUUCGCCGCCAUGUGCCGCAUCUGCAACCUCAAAGCCGCAGUGAUCUGUGUGACUCUGCUGAACCGGCUGGAGGGAGAUCAGAUCUCCACGCCCCACGAUGUGCUGGUGGAAUACCAGCAGAGACCUCAGUACCUGGUGGCUCAUUUCAUCAAGAAACAUUUGGCACUCAUCUAAACGCAUUCAUCUUGAUGGGUCUGAUCUUUUAAUUCCAGGUUUUUUAAAGGUAUUGUGGUAUUUUACGACCCGCAUCUCUAUCCACAGCCUUUGCAUCAGUGUGUGUCAGAUAAUCGGGGACGAUAACUUCCACAUGUGAAAAGAACAGUAAAGCUGCUUAGUCAAAUGCUCACUAAGGGCAGCUUAUAAACAUUUACAGACAGUGUACGAGCAUAAAAUGCUGAUUAACUGUAACGGCCGUCAUACAAAAAAAUAGGACAUGAGAGAGAAUCAUAUUAAAGCUGUUCUGAUAAACAAAAAGGAAGACAGAUAAAAAAAUGAAUAAAUGAAUGAAUGAAUGAAUGAAUGAAUGAAUGAAUGAAUGAAUAAAUAAAUAAAUAAAUAAAUAAAUGAAAACCAAUAAAUGAAUAAAUGAAUGAAUGAAUGAAUGAAUGAAUAAAUAAAUAAAUAAAUGGAUAGAUAAAUAAAUAAAUAAAUAAAUAAAUAAAUAAAUAAAUAAAUAAUUGAAUGAAUGAAUGAAUGAAUUUUAAAAAAUAAAUAAAUAAAUAAAUAAUUGAAUGAAUAAAUAAAUAAAUAAAUAAAUAAACUGACAGAGACAAACAAGCCAAAAAAAAAAAACCAAGCAAACAAAUAAACAAUAAUGAUAUCUUCAGGAUAGUCAUCUUUUGACAAUUUAGGUUUUAGGACUAAAUAAUCAUAUAAUUCUGAAUCAAAGCAAAAUUAAAAAAAAAAAAAAAAAAGAUCAUUAAAAUAAUAACCACAGAUUAAUCUUUUCAGUUUCCAUCAGCCUCAUCCCAAAAAGACUUAAUGAACCAUCUUAAAAGUUUUACAGCCUAAUUUACAAAAAAAAGUCAAUUAUUACAAAAUAAAAGUGUUACACAAAAAUACACAUUUGGCAUAACAGUGUAGAGCUGUAGAGAAAGACAUGUCCUCUGCUGUAUUCACACACAUGCUGCAUAUGCAGGAGAUAGAGAUCAGGUGGGUUGAAAAACACUGAAUACACUUUUAAAACUCAAGGAUACGGCUUUUUGCCAUGUUGCAGACUGAACAUGUUUCACGCAGAACGACAUGGACACUGACCUAAAGACAAAAAAGUAACCAACAGCUAAGUAAAUGUCUGUAUAUAAUAUUUAUAAGAAGCACGUGCCAGCGCUGUGCUUUGACUUCUGUACAUAUGUUGUAGAUAUAUUAAAUGCUAUAUUUGUAUUGUACUUUAACACAGUAGUUGACUUUGACUUUUAAUGCUCUUGAAUUUCGAACAGGUUUUUCUUUGAAAAACACAGAAUCAAAUGUGUGUAAUAUAUUAUUUCUUACUGCUUUUUGUGAAUAAACUCACUAUUGAAAAAUA